AUGAACGUGGCUGCCAUCUUAAAGCACUCGGAUUCGAUGCUGGCCUGUUGGGAUGCGACCUACCUGACGAGGUUGUGGUGCGUCUUGGAAAUGGCUGCAUUCCUGAAGAGCCACAACGGUGCACAACAAGACCUCGCCAUCAAACCCACAAGUUGGGGUCCAAGCAGCUUGGCUACCAUCGACUCAAACGAAGCAUGUGUCGUAGUCUAG